AUGUCAACAGAAUUUUGCAAACUUGCAGUCAUCUUGGGUGGGAUAACAGCAGUCAUUUUUGCUAUUCCUAGGUUACUGAUUGUUCCUGAUUCUGAUGGAUGCACUGAUUGGUCUGUGGAUUACAAGAAAUAUCAAGUUCUAGUGGGAGAACCUGUUCGUAUAAAAUGUGCACUCUUUUAUGGAUAUAUUAGAGCUAAUUACUCCCUUGCCCAAAGUGCUGGACUUAGUUUGAUGUGGUACAAAAGCUCUGGACCUGGGGAUUUUGAGGAACCUAUAGCUUUUGAUGGAACUAGAAUGAGCAAAGAAGAAGACUCCAUUUGGUUCCGACCAACAAUGGUACAAGACAGCGGGCUCUAUGCAUGUGUGAUAAGAAACUCAACUUACUGUAUGAAAGUGUCGAUUUCAUUGACGGUGGGUGAAAAUGACACUGGACUUUGCUACAAUUCAAAGAUGAAAUAUUUUGAAAAAGCUGAACUUAGCAAAAGCAAGGAAAUCUCAUGCCCUGAAAUUGAGGAUUUUUUAUUUCCUUUUAGAGAGCCUGAAAUUCUGUGGUAUAAGGAAUGCAAGUCAAAGACAUGGAGAUCAAGUAUUGUGUUUAAAAAGGAUACUCUUGUCAUUCGGGAAGUUAGAGAGGAUGACAUUGGAAAUUACACUUGUGAGUUGAAAUACGGAUUCUUUGUUGUCAGAAGAACUACAGAAUUAACAGUUACAGCACCGCUAACAGAUAAACCACCGAAGCUUUUGCAUCCCUUGGAGGGUAAGCUAACAGUUCAGGAGACCCAGUUAGGCAGUUCUGCUAAUCUAACCUGCCGAGCUUUCUUUGGGUAUAGUGGAGAUGUCAGUCCUUUAAUCUAUUGGAUGAAAGGGGAGAAGUUUAUUGAAGAUUUGGAUGAUAGUCGAGUCUGGGAAAGUGACAUCAGGGUUCUCAAGGAACAUCUUGGGGAACAGGAGGUUUCCAUCUCACUGAUUCUUGACUCUGUGGAAGAGGCAGACCUGGGGAAUUACUCAUGCUAUGUCGAGAAUGGAAAUGGACGCCGGCAUGCCAGUAUUCUUCUACAUAAAAGGGAGCUGAUGUACACAGUUGAGCUUGCUGGUGGGCUUGGUGCUAUUCUGCUGCUGCUUGUUUGUUUAGUGACUAUCUACAAGUGUUACAAGAUAGAGAUUAUGCUCUUCUACAGGAAUCAUUUUGGAGCUGAAGAACUAGAUGGAGACAACAAAGACUACGAUGCAUAUCUAUCUUAUACCAAAGUGGAUCCUGACCAAUGGAAUCAAGAAACUGGAGAAGAAGAAAGAUUUGCUCUUGAGAUCCUACCAGAUAUGCUUGAAAAGCAUUACGGAUAUAAGUUGUUCAUACCAGACAGAGAUUUGAUUCCCACAGGAACCUACAUUGAAGACGUGGCAAGAUGUGUAGACCAAAGCAAGCGACUGAUCAUCGUUCUGACUCCAAAUUAUGUGGUAAGAAGAGGCUGGAGCAUCUUUGAACUGGAAACAAGGCUUCGAAAUAUGUUAGUCACGGGCGAAAUCAAAGUGAUACUGAUUGAAUGCAGUGAACUGCGAGGAGUUAUGAACUACCAGGAGGUUGAGGCCCUAAAACAUACCAUCAAGCUCCUCACUGUCAUUAAAUGGCAUGGACCAAAAUGCAACAAGUUGAAUUCCAAGUUCUGGAAACGUUUACAGUAUGAAAUGCCUUUUAAGAGGAUUGAACCCAUCACACACGAGCAGGUUUUAGAUGUCAGUGAGCAGGGGCCCUUUGGGGAACUGCAGACAGUCUCUGCAAUUUCCAUGGCUGCUGCCACCUCCACUGCUCUUGCCACUGCCCAUCCAGACCUGCGCUCCACCUUUCAUAACACAUAUCAUUCACAGAUGCGCCAGAAACACUAUUAUCGAAGCUAUGAAUACGAUGUACCUCCUACCGGCACCCUGCCGCUUACCUCAAUAGGUAACCAGCAUACCUACUGCAACAUCCCUAUGACACUUAUAAAUGGGCAGCGUCCACAGACAAAAACUAACAGGGAACAGAAUCCAGAAGAGGCUCACACAAACAGUGCGAUACUGCCCCUCUUGCCACGGGAGACCAGUAUAUCAAGUGUCAUUUGGUGA